UCAAUGGUUGACAAAACAAGACAGACGAAGUCAGAGCACUCGCGGGAAAACAAACCUAAAGAAUGGCCUGAUAUGAUCGUCAUCAUCGCCCUGCCUUCAGUUUCCACUGUUGCCGUCUCAAUGAUCGUCAUGGUUGUCCUGGUGUUCCGACGAGGACAAAAGAAAGCAAACCAGAGAAACCCGAAUAGAAUGUCAUGCAUAUCAAAUAAUGGGCGAGCCACAUCUUACUACGAAAUAGACGACAGAAAUCUUGUUCCUAACAGAUUUAGUAAAGGAGAAAGUAAUGCUGGGGAAUACGUAGGUCUGGACGAGAAAAAGGUCGAGAAAAGCAAGUACACAACAUUGCCUCAAAGGAAAUGAUAAAAGACAACCAGUUCUUGUUAUCAUAACAUUCUG